UCUCCACUUCUGGGGUGUCUGAAAAUGAAAACUUAAGCAGUAGCCUCUGGCCACAACAACAACAGCAACAGCCCAAUCAAAAGAACUUGAGAUUCAUUAUUCAUGCUUUUGGGAUUGGCCUUUCGGAAGCCAGAAAUGCAUUUCCCAAAGGGACUCCCAACAGCCAGUAAUGCAGUUGAAACCACAAGGUGUCAUGGCUUCUAAUAAUUUGCAGCAGCAAGGUAGCAAGAAUAUUCAGACUGGACGGCAGCAAAAUCUUCUGACGUUAAGCUUGACUAAAGGUACAACCUUGGAAGAAUUUAAGAAUGGAUUCCCAUCUGAAGGUUUAUCAACUGCGUCCAACAGAUGGUGGGGAAGCAAUAGCUCUGAUUGUCCUGAGGGCGUCUUGGGAGAAGCAGCUAUAGCUGAUGGAGACAACAAACAUCAGUCCAACAAACUAGCAGAUGAUAGUGGAAGUUCAAUUACAGGGAUUAAAGAGAAAUGUGAAAGUGACAAAGAACAAAACAGCACUGAUCCCCAAGGGACAGAUUUAUUGGUGGCCGUAAGAAGAAGAGCGGUGGAAGAUGGGAAAAAGGCACUUAAGGUUGGUGCUUUCCGUGGAUAUGGUGCAAAGAAGUUAGGGAGAAAGGAAAGGACAUUGCUUCUCCGAAUAUUCAAAUCGUCAUUGCCAAAAGAUUGGAUACAUGACUCCUCUUGAGUCCUGGCCUCCCGGGUGUCAACUAUUGUUGACAUUAGUAAUAAUCUAUAUGUACUCUAACAGGUAUGUAUAUUCCUCGAUUGGAAUUGUUCCCUUUUCUUGAUUUGUAACUUUAUCAGUCUCACAAAUGUCUCAGCUGUGCUAGAAUAUCUGUAGAUUUGGGCAUUCAUAUCUGGUAGUACUGAGACAUUAUAUGAGUUGCCACGAUUAUUGUGUAGUUGAUUAACUGUAUGGCCAUGCGUUGCUUGAACUGCUUGUAAAUCAUAAAGGUAUCACUCAAUUUAUUGUUUGAGUUACCUGUUAAUCUCAUGUAAUUGAUUUACAAGAAAUAUGUGAUGACCAUGAGUUGCAAUGGUCACUU